AUGGCCCUGAGCUUCAGAACCACCCGCCACGCCUCCAGAUUGGCCCAGGCCUCCCGGCCGCUCUUCUCGGCCCGACACUAUGCGACCGCCGAGCCUGACCUCAAGACCGCCCUGAAGGAGGUUAUCCCCGCCAAGCGCGAGCUCCUCCAGAAGGUCAAGGCCCAGGGUGACGAGGUCAUCGGCGAUGUCAAGGUCAGCAACGUCAUCGGUGGCAUGCGUGGCCUGAAGGCCAUGCUGUGGGAGGGAUCCGUCCUGGACGCCGAUGAGGGCAUUCGCUUCCACGGCAAGACCAUCAAGGACUGCCAGAAGGAGUUGCCCAAGGGUACCUCCGGCACCGAGAUGCUCCCCGAAGCCAUGUUCUGGCUGCUCCUGACCGGUCAGGUCCCCUCCACCGCGCAGGUGCGCGCCUUCUCGCGCGAGCUGGCCGAGAAGUCCACCUUGCCCGCUCACAUCCUGGACCUGAUCAAGUCUUUCCCCAAGAACAUGCACCCAAUGACCCAGCUGUCCAUUGCGGUUGCUGCGCUCAACACCGAGUCCAAGUUCGCCCAGGCCUACGAGAAGGGUCUGAACAAGGCCGAGUACUGGGAGCCUACCUUUGACGACUGCAUUUCGCUCCUGGCUAAGAUCCCCCGUGUCGCUGCCCUGGUCUUCCGCCCCAACGAGAUCGAUGCCGUGGGUACCCAGCAGCUGGAUCUUUCUCAGGAUUGGUCGUACAACUUUGCUGAGCUGCUCGGCAAGGGCGGCGAGAAGAACCAGGACUUCCACGAUCUGCUGCGUCUGUACCUCGCUCUCCACGGUGACCACGAGGGUGGUAACGUGUCAGCCCACGCUACCCAUCUAGUUGGCAGCGCUCUGAGCGAUCCCUUCCUGAGCUACAGUGCCGGUCUCCUGGGUCUCGCUGGCCCUCUCCACGGUCUGGCCGCCCAGGAGGUUCUCCGCUGGAUCCUCCAGAUGCAGGACAAGAUUGGAACCAAGUUCUCCGACGAGGAUGUCCGCACUUACCUCUGGGACACUCUCAAGUCCGGCCGUGUUGUCCCCGGCUACGGUCACGGUGUCCUCCGCAAGCCUGAUCCCCGCUUCCAGGCCUUGAUGGACUUUGCCGCUACUCGUCCCGAUGUCCUCGCCAACCCCGUCUUCCAGCUCGUCAAGAAGAACUCCGAGAUUGCUCCCGGUGUUUUGACCGAGCACGGAAAGACCAAGAACCCCCACCCUAACGUCGACGCUGUCUCCGGUGUCCUCUUCCACCACUAUGGCUUCCAGCAGCCCCUGUACUACACCGUCACUUUCGGUGUCAGCCGUGCCCUCGGACCCCUGGUCCAGCUCAUUUGGGACCGCGCAAUGGGUAUGCCUAUUGAGCGCCCCAAGAGCAUCAACCUGCUGGGUCUGCUGAAGAAAUAA